CCGUAGAAAAUAAAAGAUUCAGUGAGAACACAUGGUGGCGCUGCAGGUUAAAUGAUGGAAAACAGAAUUGCCUGUGCAGCUCCAGUAUCCAGCCAAACAAUUCACACUGCCUGGAAGCUAAAAAUGGUUUUCUUAGCCACAGCAGAAGUGAAUCUGAAAUCUCUUUAAAACUCUAUUUAGUGGCAUAGUCUUGAUAUCUGGACUGCAGUACCAGGCUACCAAGAUCCCAGGCAUCCAGGAAGCUUCUCUGAACCAAAUUUUCAUGAAGAGCAAUGGAGAUUGGAUGGUUGCAUUUUCUGAGACAAAGGCAAGUCCUUGUUUUCUUUGUUUUGCUGAGUAUGUCUUGGGUGGGUGCUGAGUUAGAGCCCUAUUCAGUAGCGGAAGAAAUGGAGAGAGGGUCCUUUGUGGCAAAUCUAGGAAAAGAUCUGGGGUUAGGAUUGACAGAGCUGUCCACCCGCGGAGCUCGGAUCAUUUCUCAAGGCAACAAAGAGUAUUUGCAGCUAAAGGUUCAGACUGGGGAUUUGCUCAUAAAUGAGAAACUAGAUCGAGAGGAGCUAUGCGGUCCAAUUGAGCCUUGCUUACUGUAUUUCCAAUUGUUAAUGGAAAAACCCUUAGAGAUAUUUCAGGCUGAACUGAGGGUGGAAGACAUAAAUGACCAUUCUCCUGUGUUCACUGAAAGAGAAAUGAUUCUAAAAAUACCGGAAAACAGUCCUUUAGGAAUUACAUUCCCUCUGAGUAAUGCUCUGGACUUGGAUGUAGGAAGCAACAGUGUUCAAAACUAUAAAAUCAGCCCCAACUACCAUUUUGAGGUUCUAACCCGGAAACGCAGUGAUGGCAGAAUGUACCCUGAGCUGGUGUUGAAAGAAGAGCUGGACAGGGAGGAAGAGCCUGAAAUCGUAAUAACCUUGACAGCGCUGGAUGGCGGCUCUCCACCUCGGUAUGGGACAGCGCAGAUGCGUGUAGAAGUGGUGGACAGCAACGAUAACGCCCCUGAGUUUGGGCAGCCCAUCUACAAGGUGCAUAUUCCUGAGAACAGUCCUGUAGGCUCCCUGGUUGUCACUGUUUCUGCCAGCGAUUUAGACAGCGGAGCCUAUGGAAAAAUAUCCUACACACUCUUCCAGCCUUCAGAAGAUAUUAGCAAAACUUUGGAAGUAAAUCCUGUAACAGGAGAAAUUCGACUGAAAAAACAAGUAGAUUUUGAAACAGUUCUAUCUUAUGAAGUAGACAUCAAGGCCACUGAUGGGGGAGGUCUUUCAGGAAAAUGCACUCUUCUCCUCCAAGUGGUGGAUGUGAAUGAUAAUCCUCCAGAAGUGACCCUGUCUGCACUUACGAGCCCCAUCCCAGAGAACUCACCUGAGAUUGUAGUUGCUGUUUUCAGUGUUUCAGAUCCUGACUCUGGGGACAACGGGAAGACCAUUUCCUCCAUCCAGGAUGACCUUCCCUUUCUUCUAAAACCUUCAGUCAAGAACUUUUACACCUUGGUAACAGAGAGAGCACUAGACAGAGAAGAAAGAUCCGAGUACAACAUAACCAUCACCGUCACCGACCUGGGGACCCCCAGGCUGAAAACC